CACCACAUCACGCUAUGCGAGGCUCUCGGUGAUUCCAUGUGGAAGCUGACAUCUGCUCUUCCUAAUUCUCGCUUUGUUUGGAUCGAUCUACAAUUCCAGAGAGCCGCUCGAGACACCUGUGCGACCAAGUCGCAGACCUUGCGUUGCAGCUCGCUUCCAACUCCUCAACGCCGCUUGUAGUCACCGGGAAAGUGCAUCAUCUUGUCCUAACGGGAUAAUCAUACCUGUCUGCACUUGUGAGCCUGGCAUAGCGUCAAGGAAACGCCAUCGUCUGGCGCCAAUGUCAGGCAAUCCUGCACAGCGUUCGGGUGUGCCCAGUGCCGCAUCGACUUCUCUCGCUCGGCACGCAUCAAACGCAUCAUUGCAGAGCUCCAAAAGUCAGUCGGGGCACAGCGGAUCCGCAGCUACUCGUGGACCACCAUUAGCCAUCUCGGGUGCACCAGUCAGCAGCUCCCCUCAGGCAUCCCCCCGACUCUCUUCCAACAAUGCGUUGCCAGUCUCGGGAAAUGGUCGAAGUUUGGCUGUAGGAGGGCGAAGCAACGGAGGCGGGAAAGGCAAAGCCUCUGUCUCAACACCGACCGCACUCAUGGGCAACGCGGCCAUCGGCGAGGAGAGCGUGUGGAAAAGCAGCGCGGCAAAGAGGGCGGAGAAAGCGUGGGCUGUACAGAGCGAAAAGACGCUGCAGUCGGACUCCAAGUUCAAGAAGUACGCAUCAAGCGUCGAGAAAGCUCUGGCUUCCUUCGAAAGCGUGGCGGAGUGGGCAGAUUUCAUUGCCUUUCUUGCAAGGCUGCUGAAGACGCUGCAAGCAUUUCCUCAGUUUGCCGCCAUUCCACGCAAGCUUAUCGUAGCAAAGCGGCUCUCCCAAUGCUUGAAUCCAGCUCUGCCCUCUGGCGUCCAUGCGCGAGCUCUAGAGGUGUACGCACACAUCUUCGAGACAAUUGGCAGCGAAGGUAUUCGCAGGGACCUCGCUGUUUGGUCUCCUGGUCUCCUGCCCUUCUUUCAAUCGGCCUCCACAUCCAUCAAGCCGACCGUCUUGGGUCUCUUUGAGAGGUUCUACCUGCCUCUGGAGGAGGAUCUUCGACCUGUCACGCGGGCACUCCUACUCGCCCUUCUGCCAGGUUUGGAAGAAGACACCGGAGAAUUUUUCGACAGAGUACUGCGCCUUCUCGAUCGUCUUCAGCUUCUGGUGAAGCAACCAUUCUUCCUUCAAAAUGUUUGGCUCAUUUUGGUCUCAUCGCCCUCCAUCAGGCUUGCAGCUUUGAACUACUUGUCUAGGCGCCUUCCUCCGCUGAACGGGCCCUUUACCCAGAAGGAUGUGGUAGGACGCAUUGUCAAAUCCUCGGGCGACUUGGCUCAAGUCGGGCACGCUCACGCAUCGGAUGUAGUAGGGCGCGACAUAGGUCUACUAGCCCGAGCUUUCGCUGCUGCCUUGGAGGACCCAGUGUUAUUGGUAAGGCGAGCGGCACUGGAUCUGCUGGUCACGCACCUGCGGCUAGACUCGCACACAUUCAAGAAGCUGAUACCAAGCGAGGAACAGGUCGGAAUCGUCCGUGCUGGCAUGACCGUCGUCCUGCGGCGAGACCUCAGCCUCAAUAGACGACUGUAUGCAUGGCUACUGGGCCCUAGCGAAGAUACUCAAGCUCAGCGCGCUUACUUCAAAGAGCAUGCCCUAGCUCUUGUGCGCCAAGCUCUGAUUGAAGAUGUCUAUGCUGAGCCUCUCGUGGAGAGCGUGGUAAAGGAAACAGCUCUGACACAAGAGGACGUUGAUGCCGACGUCGAAGCCAGGCAGCGGCCUCUGCGAAUAUUUGUCAGUCUACUGGACAAGUGGGAGAUUGGACAAGCUCUGACCAAUGACUUGGUCAUCGACUUGCUGCGAGCUUUACAAUCUCAGCUUGCCGAAGAUGUGAAUCCGCGACCUGUCGGCGUGGGCGAAAUCUUGACCACAGCAAAGAUGCUGUUCGAAGCGAUUGACCCAUUCGCAACAUAUCGCCAAUUCUUCUCAGCCCUGCACGCUGAAAUGAGUUUUCGGGACGAGUCAUCACAAGGAUCCAGCAGCUCGACCUCGGCAAUCGUACUGCUUCAAUUCGUUUUGCAGACAUUUCGCGUCCACGACGAAGAGACCCGGCAAAUCCACAUCCCAAUGCUGGUCUCUGCUCUCGCCGAGCUCGUUGACGAAGCUGCGCAACCUGAUACAGAGCUGAGCGAGGGCCAGCAACGCCUUCUGGAUCAGGCUCUUGACCUCACAUCGGAGCUACUGAGUUUGAUUCCAGCGAGAGUCUUCGUUUGUGAAGCGGUCCAGUCAGUCGAAACAACCGAAUCUCAACGAGCUUUUUCCAAACAACCGCGCAGAUUCGUUGAUCAGGCAAAAAACUUUUACGGAGAACGCGGUGCGGAUGUCAGUGCGGACGAAGCUGCUGCCAAAUACAUCGGGUUCCACCAUCCUGAGGUGCUCAAGGACUUGCUGGACACAUGCGCAGGCAUUCCUAUGCGUCUUCCCAGGUACCCUAAGCUGUUCAUCAAUGGCCUUCGACUCACGACGGAACUUCUUGCGGUCUAUGACGCUGCAGAGGAACCGUCAGUGCGCGCUUUGGCAACCUCAGCGCGAUCAGAGUCCAAUGCAGGGAUUAAGGUUGGAACUCACACGGCGGAAGCUGGGGUGGCCUGGAACGCUGCCGGGUGGGGACGGGCGCUGAUGCUUCGUCUAGAGGACGCGCAAGCGUUUGAGGAGGUCGAUCAUAUCAUCGAUGGUCUGAUCGCCGCAGCCACUUGUAGGCCGUUGGUCACAAGGCUCAGCAUCGGUGAUCGUAGCCAGGUCGUGCUAAUCCUAAACAAGCUCCAAUUCUUUCUGCAACCUGACUUUGCGCCAUAUCACGUUCGCGCCAUCGAGUUGCUAUGGACUGUCCAACAAUUGGCCCGUGGUCAUCACGUCGAGGCCAUAUUCAGCGAGAACAUCUGCUCUCGCAAGGCAAGCAUUCGACAGCGCUGGUUGAACGCAUUUGGUGUUCUUUGGGCCAUGACAGACGAACGCGACGCCAGUCUUACAGCCCUGCGGAUACCUUUACUUCGAGUCGCUGAAGGUCUUCAUUCAGACUGCGCAUCGACUCGCCACUCCAGUGAAGCGUGGCUGCGCACGUAUAUGAAGAGCUACUUGCCGCUUCUAGAGCCCCUCGUCGCCGUCAUGCACCAUCCAAGCAGCAGAGCAGCAGAUCAGCAACGUGUCGUCAGCAGCGAAGACGACGAUACAGCUGGUCUUCUGGCUUACCCACAACCUUUCGAUUAUGAUGAUCACGGGCGUGCUCUGCAGCUCUUACUGUGCCUUUUGCAAUUUGGCGGCAGUGUGUUCCUCGCGUUUGCAAGGGGGGCACGCUUGGAAGUGGGACAUCUUCGCUCGGCAGCAAUGGACUACGAUUUGCUAGCCAACCAUGAAGGAGAAGACACCUACCUGGACGCAAUCAUCGAGGGCGCUUUGCUUGAUGUCAGGUCCCGACCAGCGAGCGACGUAGAGGCGGCAUAUGCCUUUCGGCACUUGCAGUCUGUUCUGCUCUCGUUAGACAUCUUGCAAAUCAUUGCGGGCGAGGCUCACUUGAGUGUCACAGCACUCGAGGCGGCUGAAAGACGCAUUUUGCAGCGACUUAUUUCAAGCAGCACGAUAGAGCAGACACAACUGCAAGCCAAGCUUCUGCGAGUACUACAUACGGUCAGCAAGGCGCGAGGAAACUUGAGUUCGAAAACCCCUAGAGGUGGCCCUGGCUCGAUCAUUAACAGCAGGCAAUCUGCGAGAAUCGAUUCGGCAGUGGUAGCGAAGGGCACUCACCCCCACCCGCUUCUGCUGAGAGCACUGCGCGAGGGACUGUCCAUCGGAGCUAAUGCCGAUGCGCUUUCGGUCUGGGCAGAAUUUGCGUGCAAUAUCACCCAGCUGUACCCAUCAGCCGAGCAAAAGCUCCUUCUUCCGUUGGCAGAUCACAUUUGCGCCUUGCUGCGAAGUGCUAUUGACAAGAUCGACCUUGCAUUUGGCCUUGCCGAUGCGCUACCACCACCAAAUGCCAAUUGCGGCGUCACGGACAGCGCAAUUGCGUUACUGUUGAACGUAGCCGAGCGAGCCCUUGCCUCUUCCCUGGCAAAAGAUCGAGGCACAUUCGCCGGCGAGGCGCCUGGUACAGUCGGGGACGGUGAUGCAAACUCGACUCCGGCGCCCUCUGUCAACGAGAAGUCCGACGCCGCCCCUAGCACAGGCCUAUUUGGUUAUGUAUCAAAUGUAUUCUCAAGCGAGUCUAGUGCAGCCACCAAUUCUGCCAGCCCAGCUGUCGCUGCGAAUGCCCUAUCACGCACGCUGCAUCACGUGGUGCGGACCCUGCACAAGCUCUACAGUACUGUUCGAGCGGAUAGAAAGCUGCCACUGGAUUCGCGCGGGCUCGCUUUUGAAGCAAUGGCUCCAAAGGUCAGAGCGCGAUGCAGGCGCACCUUAGAGCGCCUUUACAGGACCCAUUCUGGUGAAGUGGUGGAAAGCUUGAUCGACUGUUGGGACAGUGACGCCCGGCAAGAGGGCGCAGAGGCAUCCGCAGAUGCUCAGUGCACCUUUGCGAUCUUAAGUUUUCUGGCUCCAAGCGCUCAGAUGGUAGUCACUUUCCUGUGCGAUGUUCUCAACACGCGCACCUCUACCAGCAUUUCGUUGAGUGAAAAGCGUGCACGUGGUGGCACAGAAUUCAUCGUGAGCGAGACUACCUUGUUUUGCUUUCUGGAGGUGUACUUGGGUCGUCUCGAUCAGACUUCCGCCACUCAAGUCUGGCCAGUGGUGACCAUCCUUGUCAAAGAAAUAAUCAAGAAUUCUGCUUCACAUAAAGCUAGGAUCUUUCCAACACUUCGCGUUCUGACAACGAUCGGGGAAAAGCUCAGUCAGACCUCGCCGCCCGAGGACAAGCAGGUGCGCCGAGAGCUUGCAGAUCACGUCGUUGCUCUAACAGACCUUGCUAUAACGAUAUCCGGUCGCUCGUUUGGCGCCAAGACGUGGAUGCGGCGCUCGGGCAAGGAUGCAGACGUGCUGUCAGUAAACGGAGAUGGCAAAGCGACACCCGAUGAUCGAAUGGCACAGUCUCUAACAGAGCCUACACAGGCAAGCGGCCUGCUGCCUCAACUCAUAAACGAAUACCUGGCAACGCGCAUCCUACCCGCUCUCCGCAAGUUUGGUGUUCAUCAAGACAAAAUGUUGGCAAUUUGCACAAACGCCAUCUACUACAUUGUUGCUCCGAGUUUGAAGAGCCGAGAUGAGGCACUCGACAUUGAUGUGCAUGCUCUAAAAGUUUUGCGAGAGCUGACGCGACAAUCUGGAGCCCUGAAAACAUGGCGAGGCUUGGUCGCCGACACGUUCGGUGACCCACGCUUCUUCUCGAUGGCCCCAAAGGCCAGCAUUGGCUGGCAGCCGAUUGUCUUCGCACUACACAACAGUGAUAGGGAACGCUUUAACGAGUUGUUGAACAAAGCUGUCGCACCUCCUUCCGCGAACAUCUUCGCCAAUCGAGAGACGGAGACGCUUACGCGAUGUCUCAAUAUGCGCCGGGCCUCGUUCGUCAUCUUCUCUGGACCCAAGGACCACUUCAUACCCCUUCUGCCAAGCAUUCAAGAAAAGGUCGUCGACAUCUUGCGCACCAGCAAUGCUGAUCGAUCAGCCGCAGAGGUCUACCUGUGUAUGCGUGUCCUCCUACGGAGUUUCUCGACUCAGCAUCUGGCCGGCUUUUGGCCAGUCAUCAUCACAGAGAUGAUGCGGCUUUUUGAGAGCUUGUCAGACGAGCUACCUGCGGACGGGUCCGACGCAUUGCACUCAGUUCUGUCCGCCUGCAAGUUCUUGGACCUGCUUCUGACGUUACAAACAGACGACUUUCAGAUACAUCAAUGGAUGUUCAUCACCGACACCUCGGACGUUGUUUACCCAAGCGACGAUUGGGCUCCGGAGUCCGUCAUGGAGCGCGUUGCAUCUGUCAUCGAAGAGCGGAGACCUGCCCCGCUCCAGAGAGGCUCUCAAACCACAUCGAGCGUCCUCAAGACGUCUGCGACGGACUUGGCUGGGGCUGUGCGACGUUUACAGAAGCAAAAUUCUCGUGCAGGGCCUUUGCGCCGACCUCUUUUGUGCUCGACACGCAGUGUACAGAGCAUUGAGGCGCUGCAGCAUUUCUUCGCGCAUGUCAGCUUGGCCAGUUACGAGUCAACACGGGCGUGCACAUCUGUUGAUUUCGAGGCCAUCGACGAUGCUUUGCGGAGCGAAUUUUUCGAUCUCCAUGUUGCCUAGUAGUGCGAGAAGUCUUCGGGACGGCCUGCCUUUCCUUCUCCUCGCGUGUAAUUGUACAUAUCAUCGCUGGUGCGAGAAGUCUCGGGACGGCGUAC